GUUCUGUCCUUACGUCAGAGUUCAUUGAGAGUGGGCGAGAGCGUCCUCUGUACGUAAUGCCUGGUUCAGAAGGAAUCCGAAUGGGAAGCCAGAGUUACUUCAAAACUCCAGGGCAGAAGCUGUUUUUUUAAACCACAGUUACUGACUGGGAGUCUGACAGUCACCCACAUGCACCAGAACCUAAGAGAGUCGGCAAACUUCUAAACGUGGAUGCGACUUGAGAAAUUAUUUCAAGUAUUUAGAAGUCAUUUAUUUUUAUUUUGCAAGAAAUACGUCUACACUUCAGUUUUGCAGAAGGGUUUUUUUUUAGUUUUACGCAAAACUUUAUGAGGAUUAUAUUGCAGGACUACAGACCAGGAUUAAGUUAACUUUUCAUCAAGAAGAACGCGAAAUCAUCCGGCGUGUGACAUGGAGCGCAGUUGGUUCGAGAUUUGCAUCCCCGUUUUGAUAGUGCUGGGGCUUUCUGUUGCGCCGAAUGAGUCUCGAGAGGAUUUUCGCGGGAGGUCUACACAGUCCUGGGGACUCCGAACGGGAAAUGGGAUCUCCAACCUGACAGUGAAUAGUGCAAGACUACCUGGCCGCAGCAGAACACUGAGCGGCCAGAGAAGUCCGGAGACAAAUCCCGUUUUGUUUCGGAUGCCAUCGGAUGCUAAUAUGCCUGUUUCACUUCGGGCAGCGCGCCCAAUACCAAAUUUCGGUAGAGAAGCUAACUCCCGAGAAAGCGGCACUCAUCGUUCCCGGGUAAAUGGACAGGUUGCAGCAGGGACUGGGCGCGUCGUUCCCAAUCCGCUAAAUUAUAACCCCGUAACAUUACAGAGAAUCAGUUCAACCUCACCCAGGACGAGACGUCCUAUUACAUCCCGGAUUAGCGCGGUAUCGUCCCGGGAGAGAAGCCGGACACACCUCGGGAGAGCGGAGGGUGGUAGGCAUACAUCGGCAUGGACACAUAACGUCGGCUCCUCCGAAAGACGAAGUGCUUUUAUUUCUGAUGCUGGCGGUAGUCCGGUUUCAUUACGGGAGAAGAAUCCCGCUUCCACCCCAGUUUCACCUGUCCGGACCAGCUAUCUAGCUUCAGAUGCUCCGAGGGCAGGGCAGACGGCCGCGGCUUCUCAGUUGGGGAGCAGGCAGAUUGCCAGACAGAACCAAGGGAGACGUGCACCGACCAGGAGGUUGUUAGGGCCUAAUGUUUGUGGAAAAAAAUGCUGCCCUGGAUGGACUGUGAGCCGAAGUACAAACCGAUGUAUGAAACCUGUGUGUGACCCACCAUGUCAAAACAGGGGUUCAUGUUCUCGACCUCAAGUCUGUGUCUGCCGGUCAGGAUUCCAGGGUUCUAGGUGUGAAGAAAUUGUUCCAGAGCAACAAUACACUCCCCGUGUUUUCUCAUCAAGAUCCUUUUCUUCUCGGUCAUCUGCCUCGUAUUCAAAUGCCAUUCAGAAAAUUCACAGCAAUGCAAAAAAUACCACCAAAAGAAUGAAUGAAAUUCUAUCUAAACAUAGCGCCUCAUCAGUUGUUCAACACGAGCGCCUUCUUCAACAAAGUAAUUAUGGACAGCAUGUAAAUACUCAGCAAUUGACAGGAACAUCACGUAUGGUGAAACACUUAUCAAAUGGAAAUGGACAGCUACUGUCCAACUCAGUAUUUGCCAGAAAUGGACAGGCACAGGUUCAGAACCGUUUUGCUACAAAUGGACAAGUAAUAGCAGAAAAUGAAAAUGCACUACCACGAGGAGCAAAUCUGACAGUUAAUGUAGGAACAAUAAAAAUAGUCUUCACACCGACAAUUUGCAAACGCCAGUGCAGAAAUGGGAAGUGUACCAACAAUUGUAAGAAAGGUGAUCCGACCACCCUUUACAGUGAAAAUGGUUAUGGUCCUGUGUCCAAAUCUGGCUUUCGAAUCUAUUUUUGCCAGAUCCCAUGUUUGAAUGGAGGAUAUUGCAUUGGAAGGGACAAGUGCUGGUGCCCAUCAAACUCAACAGGGAAGUUCUGCCAUCUUCCGAUACCUCGUGAAAAACAGACAACGGCAAAGACGUCACGUGCAGAUUCUUCUAACACACAGUCUGUUUACACUCUCCCUCUUUCUAAUCAGCCAGUUGUUAUGCACCCAUCCCUGGUUAAUAUACAUGUGAACCACCCACCAGAGGCCACAGUACAAAUUCAUCAAGUGGCAAGAGUGAAGACCCCACCUGCCUCUUCAGCUAAGAAAAACAUAGAGAAUUCUCUGGACCAACAGUCAGUCCAUUCAGUACAGCAAAGAUCACAGCCUAAUGCUAAUGGAAAAAACAAUGGGCAGUCACAGCAACAUCGUAGACCUAUGACUGUGGGAAGAUGCUUCCAGGAAACGGUGGAUGGUCAGUGUGGAAAACCACUUCCAGGUCUCACAAAGCAGGAUGAUUGUUGUGGGAGUGUAGGACUAUCAUGGGGUUACCAUAAGUGUACAAAAUGUCCUCCAAAACCAGUUCAUCCCAAGAUACAAAAUGGCCAAAUUGAGUGUCCCCUCGGCUAUAAAAAAAUGAAUGAUACAAAUUGUGAAGACAUUAACGAAUGCCUGAUGUCAGGAAUGUGUCAAAAUGCUAACUGCCUGAAUACCAGAGGUAGCUACAGAUGUACCUGUAAUCCAGGAUAUAUGUUGGAUACUUCCAGGAGCCAUUGUAUCUCGGACAAGGCAGUUUCUGCUGAACUGGGACCCUGUUUCAGAUCAGUGUCCAAUGGAAACUGUUCUCUGCCUCUCUCUCAGCAAAUUGCAAAGCAGAUUUGUUGUUGUAGCCGUGUGGGCAAAGGAUGGGGUAAAAACUGUGAAAAGUGUCCACUUCCUGGCUCAGUCGUUUUCAAUGAAAUCUGCCCAGCGGGUCAUGGUUAUCAUUACUCCAGGUCUCACGUCCAGAUCUUGAUGAGACCUGCUGAAGAAGAGGAAAUAACUCAUGUUUCUCUAGAGCAGUAUCUUGACAAUCAGCAGAAUGCUGUCAAGGAUUCCAAGUUAACUUCAAAGGAAGAAAAUGAUGUAAGCUUAGAAAGAUAUGAUACUUCAAUGAAAACACCAAAGCCUUUUGUAUCAGUUCAUGUUCCAAGUGUUGAAGAAUAUCCAGUGGAAGUAGUAGUGAAGAAAAGCCCACCUGAACUUGUACAAGUUGUUCCAGAACCUACGUUUGGGCAGGUGGCUUCAGUAUUUGCAAGAGAAACUUCUGUUAUAAACGUAUGCGAAGUUACACCAAGCAUUUGUGGUCCAGGUCUUUGCAUCAGUCAACAAGGUGGAUACACAUGUAACUGCGACAAGGGUUAUCAACUAGAUGAUCAGCAAAAGAAGUGCGUAGAUGUUGAUGAAUGCAGGCAAAUCCCACAUCUCUGUAGCUACGGCCAAUGUGAAAAUAUAGCAGGAAGUUAUCGAUGCAUUUGUUCGACAGGAUAUGUGUUGAACCAACAAGGAACUGACUGUCUAGAUGUAAAUGAAUGUGACGCAGACCCAUGUGAAGGAAAUGGCCGUUGCAUUAAUAUCGUAGGCACAUACUCUUGUUCCUGCUUUACGGGCUAUACAUUAGUCUUUUCCCAAGACAAGCUAAACUGCCAAGAUAUAAAUGAAUGUGAGCAAACCAACAUAUGUCAAGGACAUCGGUGCAUCAACAUCCCAGGUUCUUAUAAGUGUGAAUGUGAAGAAGGUUAUGUACUGACUAGAACAGGACAAUGCAGUGAUAAGAAUGAGUGCUUGAUUUCUGGCAUUUGUGCACAUGGGAAUUGUGUCAACAUGGAAGGGUCUUAUCGAUGCAUUUGUAACCAAGGUUUUGAACAUGUGAUAGAACAGAAGAGCUGCAGAGAUAUUGAUGAAUGUUUAUCCCAUGAUACUUGUUUGAAUGGACUUUGUACAAAUACUGAAGGAUCCUAUAUUUGCUCAGAUUGCAAUCCUGGAUACAGAAUAUCAGAUAACAGACUGGCAUGUGAAGAUAUUGAUGAAUGUUUAUCUCAUGGUGUUUGUUUGAAUGGACUUUGCACAAAUACUGAGGGAUCCUAUACUUGCACAAACUGCAGUCCUGGAUACAGAAUAUCAGAAAACAGACAGGCGUGUGAAGACAUCGAUGAAUGUAUAUCCCCUGAUGUUUGUUCUAAUGGAUUUUGCAUGAACAUCGAGGGAUCCUACAUAUGUUCAAUCUGCAGUACUGGAUACAGACCAUCAGAAGACAGACGGACAUGUGAAGACAUUAAUGAGUGUUUGAAUAAGGACAUCUGUGGUCCAAAUGGGGAGUGCGUGAACAAUGAAGGGUCCUAUUUCUGCCAGUGUGAAAGUGGUUUUUCCAGUAGUCCUGAAGGUACAAGUUGUCAAGAUAUUAAUGAAUGCUUGACUAAGGACAUUUGUGGUCCCAAUGGAGAAUGUAUAAACAAUGAAGGAGGUUCUUAUUACUGCCUUUGUGCUCAGGGCUAUAUCACCACUCCUGAUGGAACAGGCUGUGAAGGUGUCAUGUACCUCGUGACCAGGUUACCGAACCAGCAGAAAUGGAAUAAUACAUUGGAGUCUGGUAUUAAUGAAUGCUUGACUAAGGACAUUUGUGGUCCCAAUGGAGAAUGUAUAAACAAUGAAGGAGGCUCUUAUUACUGCCUUUGUGCUCAGGGCUAUAUCACCACUCCUGAUGGAACAGGCUGUGAAGAUGUGGAUGAAUGCCAUGAGGGGACUAAUUGUUCAGGUGGACAGUGCAUAAAUACAGAUGGAUCCUAUAUGUGUAGAUGUCAGACAGGGUUUACACAUUUACCUGAAGCAGAACAAUGUAUUGAUAUUGAUGAGUGUAGUUUAUAUGCUGACUCUCUAUGUGGCAUCUGGAAGUGUGAGAAUACUAUUGGUUCCUAUCAAUGCAUUAUGGGAUGCCAGCCAGGAUUCCAACGUACAGCUAUUGGGGAAUGCAUUGACGUUGAUGAAUGUGUGAAUGCAACUAUCUGUGGUACUCAUGGGUAUUGUGAAAAUACAGAUGGUUCAUUUCGCUGUCUAUGUGAUCAAGGGUUUGAGGUUCCGGCAGGAGGGCAGGCAUGUGUAGAUAUUAAUGAAUGUGAAAUGAUGAAUGGAGUCUGUGGAAGGGCGCUUUGUGAAAAUGUGGAAGGCUCCUUCUUCUGUAUCUGCAUGGAUGAGAAUGAAGAAUUUGAUCCAACAAAAGGUCAAUGUGUCCCUCGUGCAACAAUGGGAAUUGAACAUGCACCAGACGUUUCCAUGUCGGAGUCAACUAUGUUGCUAGCACCUACAAAUAGAGAUUUGAAGGAAUGCUACUACAAUUUGAAUGAUGAAAACUUCUGUGAUAAUUUGCUGGCAAGGAACAUCACAAAAGGAGGAUGUUGUUGCACUGUUGGAGUUGGUUGGGGUGACAACUGUGAAGUUCACCCUUGUCCUUUGACCAAUACAGAGGAAUACAAUGAAAUUUGUCCAGAAGGCAAAGGAUUUAUUCCAUUUCAGAUUGGUUCUUUUUCAUUUGGAUCACAAAACUAUGGUGAUGCAGACGAAUGUUCAAUGUUUGGCUCAGAGGUCUGUAAGAAUGGACACUGUGUAAAUACCGUGGGAAGUUACUCCUGCUACUGUGGUACAGGCUUUUACUAUGACAAUGUGAGGUUAGAAUGCAUUGACAUUGAUGAGUGUCAGGAUGAAAGUACGUGUGUGAAUGGAGAGUGUGUCAACACACCAGGAUCAUUUAACUGUUUCUGCAGUCCACCACUUACACUGGACAUAACACGUAAAAGAUGUAUAAAUGAGUCAGAAUCUGGAGAUGACUUAUCAGAAGAUGGAGAUACACAUCUGGAUAUAUGCUGGCAAGGGGUGACUGAUGACCUGGUUUGUAGAAGACCUCUGUGGACCAGUUCAACCUACACUGAAUGUUGCUGCAUGUAUGGAGAGGCUUGGGGCCUACAAUGUGCUCUCUGUCCCUCAAGAGCAUCAGAUGAUUUUGCACAGCUUUGUAAUGUUCCUAGGAUAUUUGGUGAUGGAACAACAGACCUCCGUGAUAGAUCUGGAUAUGAAUUUGGACCAUAUGAUUCUCAAUAUGGAGUAGACUAUGGACUGGAAGAUCGCUAUUUUGCAUCAAGAUAUGGACAGAGCAAUCCCCAAACUGACUCAAGAUUUGAACUCAGAAAUUCACGGCUUACUUCGCAAUAUGGUCCAGCAGACUCCCAACGUGAACCUGAAAGUGGUUUGAGGGGGUAUUCACGUAUUCCACUAUACCGUCCUCAAGAUCCUCUGAGCAUUCCUUUUAGUAACAGUGACAAUGGUCGUUUCAGUAGCUUUGAAGGCUUACAAGCAGAGGAGUGUGGAAUUCUGAAUGGCUGUGAAAAUGGUCGAUGUGUACGAGUACAGGAAGGAUACACCUGUGAUUGUUUUGAUGGGUUUGAGCUUGAUAUGACAAAAAUGACUUGUGUAGAUAUAAAUGAAUGUGAUGAUCUCAGUGACACCAUACCACUCUGCAGGAAUGCAAACUGUGAGAACACAGAGGGCUCAUAUAAAUGCAUAUGUUUACCAGGCUAUAUGCUUUCACAGAAUGCUAAUGACUGUAUACUCGAAAGAGAAGCAGGACAUCAAUAAGAACCUCAACACUGUCCCCUGGGAAGGGAAUUGGAAGCACUUGGUGAUUUAUUUUAAGGGGAGAAAUGUUUAUUUUACUUGGGAUUAUCAAUGUGAGUAAAGUUUCAGUGAUAAACCAUAAAUGUACCAAUGCAGUUACCUAGCUUCUUAAUAAUUUAUGUCUAUGACUUUAAAAAUGAUUAAAUUGGCAAUGACUAUAUUUAAGAAACCAAAGUACAGAGACAGCACAAAGAGCAAAUAGGCUGAGAAUAAGUAAACACAGUACUUUCUUUGAAUAAUGAAGAAGUCUAAAUUCCCAAAAAGCCAUAUUUUCCUUAUUUGGUCCAUAUCUCUGUUCUCUGUUCGUGUGAUAUUGUGUUCAUGAACACAUCUUUUUGGAGAGGGGAAAGGAUAGCAACUAAAAUUAAUGAUGAAGGAAGUGCAAGUGUAUGGGAGGAACUAGCAUUGUAAUUUGAAGGCUCACAUUUCAUUGCUGUUGGCUGAACAUUACAAUGUGCAUGGUUUCCAUAACAAUAAUAUGAAAAUAAUCUCUGCUAACCUGAACAUGUCUUAAUUACUCCUGUGAAAUUUCAUUUGGUUGUACAGUAUAAAAGUAUGUAUGACAUCACCUAUUUAUAAUGUUUGAUUUUUUAAAAAUUCUAAACCCCAAAUAUUAAUACAAGAUGUCACUAUAUUUCAUUUCUAUUGGUAAAAGCUCUCUUCAAAUAAUAGAUUUCAGUACAAAGACCAUAAUGUUCCUACUGUCAGGUUAAAAAUACACCUUGAAAAUGUAUUAAAUCAGAUGACAGGCAAGUGGAUUACUGAAAUCCAAGAUGUAAGUGCAUCUUCUAAAUUUUUUAAAAUUAUAAUUCAAUAAAGUGUGAAGGAGUAAACAAGUUCCUUGUGGUCAAUAGAACAUGCUGUGAAUAUUUGGUAUAUGUUAGAGGUUGGAGAGCAGAGGGCUCGAUCCUGCCAUACAGUGUUGAUCAGAAAUUUACACUUUACCCUCUAUCAACUCCCAAACAGAUGGCGUGCAAAGUCUGCAACUUUGGAAGGUUCGGAAUAUCACUUUAUGUGCUUCAAUUUUUUAUUGGUUUCUUGUCCUUUAGAUAUUAAAGCUAUGUGCAGAGCCCCUCCAAACUCCCCCUCAGCCAAACUUUAUUUAGAUGUGCUCAAUACAUGAAGUGAGUUAAAAAUUCCCUGCAAUAACCUUACUUUACAGAGUUUUGUACUGUGGCGAAGGCCAGGAUAAGACAUAGCCCAAACAAUCAUGGUUGGUGCCUAAAAUCAUAUGAUGCUACAGCAAAAAGUAUGAGUUUGAACUUUGUCAAAUUGAGGAUUAUACCUAUUUGUCGUUGCAAAGGUUAACUUAAAGGGAUUUACCUGCCUGUAUCUUCUAAGAAUAAAUACUUAUUUAAGAGUUUUUUUUAACUCAAAUCUUUUGGAUUGUUUUCAUGAAUAUACCCCUGAAAAUAUAGUAUCCUAUUUGAAAAUGCUUCCAUGGCCUCUACUCAGCUCUUUUAAUGCUGAUAAAAUGUAAACACAUAUUACUCAAUAUCAGCUGGUGCUAUUGUCCUCAGCCCAAUUGAUUAAAUGUACCCCAAUGCCUUUUGUUACAUCAAUGUUCUAGGAUUGUAUAGUCAAUUGUUGAUAAAGAAGCAAUCUGAAGAAAAACAUAGCUAGUUAAUUGCAACCAGAGCAAAUUUCAAAGCUUCACAUUAUCUUUUCAGUCUUUGAGGACAUGCAGUUAAAAGAAAUCUUUAUGUAAUAAGGCACAAGCAGAAAUUUGGAGUGAAACAGGGUGUAUAAUAUUCUGAAUGAUCUGGAAAUGUAUUUUAAUCAGAAUCAAAAUACGAAAUCCUUUACUUUUCAGUUGUUUAGAAAUAAUGCUAUUAGUUUAUAAAUGCACUUUAAUUUUAUUAGUAAUAGUUCACUUUGAAAGAUUACCUCAGCUGCCCUGAAAAUGAAUUAAAUGUACUUUUCUUUCCUUAGUUCCUCUCCUGAAAGUGUUGAUUUUCAUGUUUGGCUGUACCUUCAGAAAUUCCCCACGUGUAAUUACAGUAGUCAUUCUUCAUGUUUUCAAAUGAACACUAGGAUUGGAUAUCCUGAUUCGCCUGAUCAUCCCCUAGUCUGAAAACUUUCAUCAAGUCUGACAGGAAAUGGCAGAGAAACACUGACCACUUUUUCUCUUCCUGACCCAUGAAAGCUCAUGAUAGUUGCAGGGCUCUUCAUUCUGAUAUUGGCUUUUGUGGUAUGAAAGAAGGAUUAAAUCUGGAACAAAUGUGGCUCAGCAGCUAAUAUUGUGAUCUCAGAUUAUUCCUUUAAAAUUACAGUAAGAUUCUUAUUUCACUUCAUAAGUUUAUAACUUAAAUAGUAUAAUGAUUUGAUAAAAUUAACAUGAAUUCACAUCUGUACAUUUUAGGCUGGUAAAAGAACUGUCCAAAUCUUGCACAUAGAGUGAAUGUUUUGUUAGUCCUUCGAGUGACCUAACCAAUGCUAAAGCAAAUACAGAUCAAUUAUUGAAAAUCUCAAGUAAAGGAAACAUAUGAAUUUUAUUUUCUUUUGUGUGUGUAUUUUGUUUUUUUUUACAUAAUAAGCUCUGAUAUAUCUUGUAAAUCAUACUUGCUACUAAAGUGUCUGUAAAGCUACAACACCUGAUUCCUGUACAUGUUUUGUGGAUACCUUUUUCAUUCUCAAAAAGAAAGGAGCAUAUGUUUUGUACAGAUUUAUAUACAAAAUACAAUGUAUUUAAUGUUUUACACAAGAUAAAGGUUGGUUAUUUAGUAAUAACAUUAAAACUGUUUUCAGUUUGGGCAAUUCUUUUACAAGUUUUUUGGUGAUCAAUUCCGGUAUCUCAUGCUGAAAAUUUAAAUUGUUAAAUGCUUUAUCCAUAUUUCACUUUAUUUUCUGUUGCAAUAUGUAGGUCAUAAAUGUAUUUUCAGUAAUGUACCAUAUAAAGUGCAAAUGCUUUGCCCUGAAGAACAGUUCUAUCAACCAAUAUGCAACACAAUUGCAGUGAUUCAAGAAUGUAGCUCAUCACCAGCUACCCAAGUGCAAUUGAGCCUCUGUAUUGAGCCUUUCCAAUGAAAGCCCAUGUCCUGCAAAAAAAAGGAAGAAAGUUGGUUACAGCUGCCUACACCAAAUAUUCAAAAACAGUUUUGACAGUAUAUUAAAGUAUUUCUGAAAUUCUGUUCCAUCACUUCAUUGGAACCCAGUUUUGGAAGUGGAAUAUAUUACACAGCUUCUCUUUUAUUAAAUAUUUAGUGCUAAUCACUAAGGCCAUUUUUUCUCUCAUAUUUGAGACUAAAGUGGCAAUUUCCCAACAUUGUACAGCAUUAAAAUAGAAAAUCUGUGUGACAAUGUGAUGUGAUGUGUUGUGCACUCUUAAGAAUUUAAAAAUUAGAACAAGUGUAGGGCAUACGAAUAAGAUCUUGGAUAAUUGGACUUUGGCUUAGCUCUACUUUCCUGCCUGUUCUCCCUGAACCCUUGAUAGCCCUAGAAAUGAAGUAUUUAUCUCUCUCAUCAGUGUAUUCUGAAUGAGUGAAAAUUAUCACAUGGAGGAAAUUAUCCCUUGAUUAUCCAAGGAAUUUUAAUUGGAUCACUUGGUUUAACUUUCAAAUUUUUUUUUGAGAUUGGUAUUUGCUUGUCACCUAAAAGGAGCAAGUGCGACCAAAAGCAGAGAUCACUUUAAUUGUGCUUUCUUGGUCAGUUUCUUUGUUAUUCUUGUAGUCUGCAUUAUGAUAUUGGUUGGUUUCAGGUUUUUAUAGAUAUGUCAGUUGUCAUGCAAACUAAAAUUCUAAUCAAAAGCCCAUGUGUCUGUAUUGUUAAAAAAUAAAAAAAACAGAUGCUACAAAGUA